GAGGUUACAAGACCUCUACAUGAUGCUACAUAAAAAACAUGUCAGACGUCCGCGGAGAAUUUCAUUUUCAAGAGGCAAAAAGAUGGUUUUGGAUUAGAAAACAGUCAGUAGUUUCUGCGCAUGCGUCGUGAUCACGCCGCGGAAGUUCGGAACUGAAAGUGAAACGCUGCGAGCUGCACGAAUGUUUUGGGAAAACAGACGGAUCUUUAGCACGACAAACAGCAUAGUUACAUACCUAGUUAUCAUUUUAACAUAAAAAGCAACGAUGUCUGAUAUCUCGACCGUAUAUAAAAUAUCUAUCAUCGCAUUUGCACUGUUUUUUGGUGUUUCCGGUUCUGUAUGUCCGGUUCUGGAGUGCUGGUUUGUUCAGGAGAAACCGGGUCAUGGAGGGGGUUUCUCAGCACCGAUGAGUCAAGAGAAAUCUCUCAUGUUCAUCAGAACUGAAGCCUUCAGUGAAGAGAGCUUGUCUGAGCUUCAUCCUCCUGCAGACAUCAGUCCAUCCAGGAUUUACUAUGUGACCGAUCCCGCUGGUACGUUCUGCAGUGCUGCUCUGAAUCCAGCCAAAGGCUCUGUGAACAAACCCAAGUGUGAGAUUAACCCUUUCAUGCCUCACGCCUCUAUGGUCAGAUGGACGUCUGCUCUCACUGACUCCGCCCAAAGCCCAGUCUACCUGCAAGCUGAUUGGUUCUCAGUGGCAGCACAAGGGCUUGACGAGCAGCUGACGCUGUCCAAUAUCAUGAGAGCACCUUCAGCUUCUAAAGAGCCACAAGGCUCGCAGCCGAUUUUGAGCAACUGCAGCACCUGA